UUUUAAGACAAUGAUGUGGACGGAGAGACGUUGGGACGAGGCCUUACGGAAGCAAUGAUGUCUUACCUAUUUGAAAGAUCGUUUAAAAAGCAACUGCAAUUACGAGACUUUGUGGAGCAGAACAAAGAAAUAACAAUUGAGUUGGAAGUGCUGACAUCGGAUGAUCAAUUUAUUGAGACUCCAGCAUCAAAUGAAAGAAGUGUGGGGCCAGCACGUAAAACACUUCCAGCCAUUAUUUCUAUUCCACGUUUCCCAUAUGACGUGCAGCACAAAUUGGAUGCAAAAGAACCAUGCCACAAGAUUCCAAAAUACCGGAACAUAAUCGUACGAACUUUGUAUGAGAUGAUGGCACAGUACACAAUGUUUCCAAGUAACCAGGAGUAUAUUCAGGUUGCCAAAGCAUUCAUCUUGAAAUACCCCUCUCUGAAGGACAUCGAUGGCAAUGGUUAUCAUACUUGGCAUAUGUCAUUGAAAAGAAAAUUCAAGACUGAACGUGCUCCUCUAGUUCAUGAUGUAGAAGUUCGAAAGUACAAAGAGAGGUAUGCCGAGUCCAGAAAGUCCAAGACCGUGGAUGAAUCAGCCGUUGUAGUCCAUAAACAGGCUAGAAGUGCAUCAGAGUUUGCUGUGAUUGGGGAAGACGCUACCUCUAUUGAAGCCCAUGUCAGAGUUCUAACAGAACAAUACACAAAGAUGCAACCUGACAUGAUGAUCGUGAAAGACCGCAUGACCAGGACAUUCUCAUGGAGACGCUCAGAAAUUGCUGAGGGAAUUUCUGUGGAGGACCUGUUGAAAAAAUAUCCAUUUCUUUCAACACCCUCUGGGUUGUAUGAUGAGGUGGACUGCAUUCAUCCUGCCCCAGUUCCAGUAGACAGGCGCAUCAUAGAGAACUUAACUUCCCUGCUUCCUAAACUUACUAAAUUAGUGAAGGACACAUCACCUCUUAAACAAGUCUACCUAGAUGCAAAACGUGAUGCCCUGACUGUGGACCAUGCAGCUAUUGACACCAGGGGUGGACUUCUCCUCUUGCCAUCGAUCUUUAAAGAGAAAAUCGAGAACUUGAUCAUUCUUGGACAGAAUGAGCCGGCCACCCCGCACCCAACUAUUAGGCUGAGGGACCAUGAUUGGAAGACUGCUAUUGUUGACAGAGCUGAAACCAUCAUCGAAGUUGACGGGGUUAGGAUGUGCUCCUGUAUUGGUGUUGAAGAGGCUUUCCGAGCAGUGUUCUGCAUGUACUUCGUUUUCAAUAUGGAGUACCCUGCUCAAUUGAAAAACACAUUCAUAUUUUUUCAGAGGUGCAUUGCACAGAUAGUGGUGGCUGGAGACAAGCUGUCAACACCAGUGACUCGCCUUAUUAACCUCCUAUACUGAAAUGCCGCCAUUAUAUCAGUGUACGAAGUGCCGCCGCAGAACUUUCACUCUUACUAAACUUAUUCAGCAUAUUGGACUUGU